AAAAAAAAAAAAAAACAGAUCAUUUCCUGAAUGUUUGAUUGAUCACACUGCGUUUGUUCUGGACCGGCCUGCUGACUCUGUAGAACCUGAAUGGACUCGGAGACUUUUCUGUUAUCACAGGUGACACCAGUAGAAGUUUCUGUUUACUGGUGCAGUGGUCCAAGCAGACUCAGAACAACACGGAGAACAGAUUAUAGUGGAUGAAGAAUAAAAAUACUUUUUAACUCAGGAAACAGCGUUUAUUUUUAUUCUAAAGGAAAAUCUUUMCCGCGUGACUCAAAUCCACACCUUCACAGGUGCAGCCACUUACAGACAGGAUGCAGAGGAGCAUCUUUUGAUGUUCUGCUUCUUCCUCCCGCCUCUCGUUUCUUAACUGAUGGAGAUAAAUAUCUCAGCAGAAGUGGACUCAGAAAUGCUGUGGUCGUGCAGAGAGAUUCACAGAUCUGCUGAAUCAAAGUUCUGCAGGAUUUUAUCUGAUGUUCAGUUCAUCCAUCUAGUAAGUAAUCUUCAGCGAUGAGAGGACAGAAGUCACGCUCCGUGUCCGUGCUGCUGUGCUUCAUCGCGCUGUGGAGCACCAGGUUAAGGGCAUAUUCUAACUCGACGCAGACGUCCAAAGACAUCGCGACGUUUACCAGGAUCCUCGACAGUCUUCUGGAUGGAUACGACAACCGACUGAGACCUGGUCUGGGAGGAAUACACGGUGGACGUUUUCUUCCGCCAGAACUGGAAGGACGAGCGACUGAAGUUUCACGGCCCGAUGAAGACCCUCCCUCUCAACAACCUGAUGGCCAGUAAGAUCUGGACCCCCGACACCUUCUUUCACAACGGAAAGAAAUCCGUGGCCCACAACAUGACGAUGCCCAACAAGCUGCUGAGGAUCACAGACGAUGGAACGCUGCUUUACACCAUGAGGUUAACGGUUCAAGCCGAGUGUCCGAUGCACCUGGAGGACUUCCCCAUGGACUCACACUCCUGUCCUCUCAAGUUUGGCAGCUACGCCUACACCAAGACGGAGGUGACUUACAUCUGGACCACCAACGCCUCCCAGUCUGUGGUGGUGGCAGAUGACGGGUCCAGGCUCAACCAGUACGACUUGGUGGGACAAACGGCCGGGAACGAGACCAUCAAGUCYAGCACCGGUGAAUACACGGUGAUGACCGCCCACUUCCACCUGAAGAGGAAGAUCGGUUACUUCGUCAUCCAGACGUAUCUGCCGUGCAUCAUGACGGUCAUCCUCUCUCAGGUCUCCUUCUGGCUCAACCGGGAGUCGGUGCCGGCCCGAACCGUGUUCGGUGUGACUACAGUCCUCACCAUGACCACUCUGAGCAUUAGUGCCCGCAACUCGUUGCCGAAGGUGGCCUACGCCACCGCCAUGGACUGGUUCAUCGCCGUCUGCUAUGCCUUCGUCUUCUCCGCUCUCAUAGAGUUCGCCACCGUCAACUACUUCACCAAACGAGGCUGGGCCUGGGAUGGAAAGAGCGUCGUCAACGACAAGAAAAAGGAAGCGGCAGUCGUGAAGAAGAACAACGCCUACGCCGUGGCAGUGGCGAACUACGCGCCGAAUAUCACAAAAGACUCGGCGCUGCCCACCAUUUCCAAGUGCGCCAUGAACGAUCCCAUUAAGACCGCCGCCGAGGCCAAGUCUGAGCAGAACAAGAAAACCUUCAACAGCGUCAGCAAGAUCGACCGCAUCUCACGUAUCAUGUUCCCGGUGCUGUUCGGGACCUUCAACCUGGUCUACUGGGCCACGUACCUGAACAGGGAGCCGGUUAUUAAAGACCUGGACCCCGCCAAAUAAACUCACUCACCACAACACAUUGCUUUAGAACAUAAUUUUGUCCGUUUGCAGCUGAUUUAAAUGAAAAGUUCCCUUUUUUAUCAUUUCUUUCUUGGCAUAGUUUUGAUCGGCUACAGCUAAACAUUACAUUAUAUACAAAAAUGAUAAUUUUAAUGGUAAUAGAAUCCAGGAACAAACAAACAAACAAACAAACAAACAAACAAACAAACA